AAUUUUAUAUACCUGCUUCUUAAACGACUUUUACUUUUUCAACAUCUUGCUUACCAAUUGGCUCAACAACUACAAAAAGAUAUAAGUCAACAAGUAAGAAAUGAUGGUAAUUUAUUGUAUAAUCUUCUUUUAGAAAAUUAUGAGUGGCAAUAUUUAGAAGAAUUAAUUAUACUUCUCCAACCAUUUGCACAAUCAAUUAUAUUUAUAGGAGACAGCCAUUAUCCUACUUUAGGUAUAAUGUAUCUAACGAUUCAAAAGCUUUUCAACCAUCUUAAUACUGUUAAGCUUGCUACAUUCGAAGUUCAAGAA